AUGUAUCCAGGGGAACUGCCCGCGGAGAUUAAGGCGAAUAUUCUGCAGACGCCAAAACUAGUCGCUAUCAGCUGUCGGAUCGAAAAGACUCUGCUCUGGCUCCGCAUUGCAUGCCUAAAAGAACACCAGAACCGCAAGGUACGAGAGAGGCAAGACCAAAGAAUUCUCAAUAGGGGCAAAGAGGGGCCGGUUAUCAGUGACAACGACGUUUCCACGCGGCCUCAAUCCUUAAUUAUGCCCGAAAUUGUCAAAAUAUCAACAUUGAUAUCUUCUGAAAGAGAGCUUUCGUGUACGAUCUAA